AUGGAAGAAACUACUAGUGCUAGUUCAAGUUCACACGGGACAAUGUUUUUAAAUUUUAUUAAUGGUAAUUAUGAAUGUGUUAAUUCAAAUGAAGAUGAUUAUCUGUUAGACAAUGAUAAUACAAGUUUUAUUAGUGAGAGUCUUGCAUCUGAAAAAUUCAGCACUGAGAGUACUACAAAUGAUUGUGAAAUUGAAAUGCGUCCAUUUAUUUGGGAUAAAUUAAGUUAUGAAAAAGCGCAUAUAAUGGCUAACGCUAAUAUUGGUGAAAAUGAUGAAAUUACGUGGGAGGAUAUAGAAGCAGAAAAUGAAAUUGAUACAUCAGUAUUAGAGACAGAAUUACCUGAAUCAACGGAAGGAAUUGAAGGAAAUAAAUGUGCCAAUAAAAAUAUCUUUGGCACAUCAGCCUUUACUGAUAAUAUGCUUGCUAAUUUUGAACAAACAUUACGCAAUCUUUUAGAAACUAGGCUUAAUAAUUGGGAUGAAAAUGACUUUUUACAUACAAUUGCUAAUCUUAAAGAAUUAAUACCAAUUGUAAAUGAUAGUAAUAACAAAAAAAAAAGAGUUAAAAAUAUGGGGCCAGAAGAUAGUUCAGAGAUCCAUCUAAAUAAACGCCAACGUAGACAGACUAAUGAAAAUGAAAAAAAGAUUCUUAAAUCAAUACUUAAUUCUGAUAUAUUCUCUGAGGAUAAGGCAUUUGAAAUUUUGAAUCAGCUUCUUGAUUGUGGAGAAGAAGGAUGGACAUUACAACGAAUUCGCAGAUAUUGGAUAAAAAAUGUGAAUACUAUUGAAUCUCUCAAACCCCCAAUUACCAGAAAUUCAGUCAAAUCUGAUAAUCUUCCUGUUACUAUUAUUUUUCAUACUGGCAUAAAUGUGAUUUGGAUGUUUUGA